AUGUAUGUCAAUGAUAACUCUUCACUUGAUUCAAACUCAAGUUCCAAUGUUUCCCAUUCCAAUGAAUUCGAUGAAUGGGAAGAACGAGUUUAUCAACAAAAUCGUCAAUUUGAUAAUAUCAUUGAGAAUAUGAUCCUUACCAAUACUAAUUUGUUUGUAGGACAUCAAAUUCCAACAGCUAGGGGGAGAUAUUGUGAUAGGAAACGUGAGCUUGGUGCAGAGCGUUUAAUCAACGACUAUUUUGGUACCAGCCCGACGUAUCCUCCAGAGGUUUUCCUACGCCGAUUUCGCAUGCAGCAAAUGCUAUUUCUUCGAAUAGUGGAGGCUGCAUCUGCUAAUGAUGAGUUUUUUCAACAGAGAUGUGAUGCUACUGGCAGACUAGGUCUUUCGGCCUUGCAAAAGUGUACUGCAAUAAUGAGGGUAUUGGCGUAUGGGACAUCAUCCGAUGUUGUCGAUGAGUAUCUACGAAUGAGCUCAUCUGUAACAACAGAAACUUUAGUACAUUUUGUAGAAGGUGUUAUUUUCUACUUCGGUGAUACGUACCUCAGAAGGCGUAAUGAACAAGAUUUGGCAAGAUUACUUUAUGUCGGAGAAAAAUAUGGUUUUUCGGGCAUGAUUGGCAGUAUUGACUGCAUGCAUUGGAAGUGGAAAAAUUGUCCUAAUGCAUGGGCCGGACAAUAUACAGGGAGAAGUGGAAAACCAAUGAUCAUUUUGGAAGCUGUUGCAUCAUACGACUUGUGGAUAUGA